CGCAGCUAUAAAAAAGAGUUCUCAUACCUCAGUAGAAUGUGAGGAGAGAGAUUGGCCCCCCGGCCCCUUUCUCUCUUUGACUUGACUUCACUCACACCCACACUCUUGCUUGUUCUGCUGCAUGAUCAAAAGAGGAGUAGACGGCAUGUCUCCCAUUCAAGGUCCAGAGCACCUUCCCCCUUCCCGGGACGAAGAGACGUCUUCACCUCCGUUUAAGCGAGCGACGCUUGAGCGUGCCGAUUCAAUCACAGCGACGACGGAAAUGGUCGAGUCAUCUCCGUCUAUUACGAGCUGGGAUUGGGUCUCGUCUGCAAGUUCACCUCAUCUGAGUAGUGUCGACGACAAUGACUGGCGAGGGAUCAUGUCGCAGGUUGGACCUGGAGUCCAACCAUUGCAUGACAUUAUCUCAGCGAUGCGGACAACAGAAAGAGGAGAACAAGAUGAAGCAUCCAAAGGAGAUAGUGGGUGUACGUUGUCAGAUUCUAAGCUGAUAACUCGCCCAGUUGACGAACCCCGUUCUCGUGGAUCACCUACAACCUCCAUCAUCGAUGUCGAACAAUUCCCAUCGACGGAACUUCCAAAUCCAAACGCCAUCCUACAUUCCUCGAUGCAAGCGCUACAAGCCCAACUUGCCACCGUCCAAUCGCGACUCGCAGCGCUCAUCCCUUUUGCUCAACCUGAUCCAGACGAGACAGCUGUGCUCAGCUCGGACCCGCUUCCAGUUUUGACGGCGCGAAAUCGAAUCCUGGAGAGAAACCUACAGGCAGCCAACGACAAAAAUGCCUCCUUGGAGCGUACGAAUGCCAAUUUGACUCGCGCUCUCAAUACGCAAAGGAACAUUGUCAAGAAGAAAGAACACGAAUUGGCUGAGUUGAGGCCAUUCGUUCCCCCGCCCGACGUCAUGCCAGGGAAUGGCAUCGACCCAGCAGUCAUUUCAGAAUUGGCCAACGAUUUGAUAUCCGGAGUCAAGACUGUUGAUGAGAUCGCUUCGUCGCUUCUCGAUCUCGUCGAAACAGCAGGCGGGACAUUGAUCGAGAAAGAGAGGCAGGACUUGCAUCCCGUCGUCAGGCUGAACAAUCUUGAAGGCGUAUUGGAUGUAACGCUCGGCAGGGUGGCGGCUCUGGAAAAAGAUACCAAGCGACUCGUUCGGCGAGAAGAUGAGGCCAUCUAUCAGCGGUGUGAAGCAGCUGAUACAUCAGAGCCUGUCAUGAGUGACUGGCAUUGAGAGGAUGUGGAGGGGUAUAGGUGGGAUUGAGUAUUUGAGGAGUUGGGAUCGGAAAUAUGGCCAUAGUCGGUCAACAUUGACGAGGGGCGGGACGAGUGACGAGACAUAGAGGAUAGGAAUGAUUGGACCACGACGACGAGGGGGUUCAUUUGCCAAUACAGGAAAAGCGAAAAAAACAAGACCUUACAGGUUCUUGCAGUGACUUGAGAGGGAAAAUCGACGGUCCAUUCUUUCGGAAUGAGGGGAAAGGAGUGUAUGAUAGAGGGCAGUUAGUCAUCGU